ACCAGAACGGUUGUGCUACUGAACGGCGCCGCGUACGUGUGGAUUCAACACGAUUUCUCGUUACACAUUUGUUCGAACAGCGAAAGCUGUAGCAUUGAACCGCCCGAUCGACAAAUAAAUAGGGCAAAAGGAAUAAAGUGAAUCAAAAGUGAACAAUAAAGAAGUAAUGAAUUAAAGCUACCGCCGAAGAGUAAUGAAAACUGCAGUUUCAAACGCAACGACGCUAACAACAUCCUCAAUAUAAACCUCAAUAUAAACACUCAUAAGCGGGAGUUUACAUGAAGAAACGGAAAAUUUUAUAUGGGUCCAUUCAAUUUGGAUAUUUGGGUGCUGCCAUUCAACACUGCCGCUUUGUUACUGCUUACGCCGUUAAAUGCACAUAACUAACAAUAAAAAAAUCAUCCGAAUUGACGCCGAGUUCAACAUACACGAGUAAAAGUGGUGAAACAUGCAAAAAGGAUUGAAGAAGAGAAGGAUUCUCUUGAAAGAAAGGGGUAGAAAACGAAAACGAGAAGGAAAAAACGCGGAAAAGUUAACGAAAAAGUGUAGCAAAGAAGAGGUUGAAAGAGAGCAAAGGUGAAAAAAAAAAAUUGUGAAAACACAACAGACUGAGUGAGAGACUAAGGACGAUAUAGAGGAAGUGGGAGAAAAAGAAAACAAAAAAAGAAGAAAAAAGUGAGUGAGUGAAAGUGGAAGAAAAAAAAACUGACACAGAUUGAAAAAUAGCUUCGAAGAUCGAAAAGUCGAAACAAGUGAGAAAAAUCGGAAGAAAGAAAUACCGAGUCGUUGCUACCGACGUUCGCUCUACCAAAAGUUUGAGUGAAAAAAAGGUUGUCUGCGAAAAUAUUUGUGCUCAAAAAAGAGAACAAGACGAGAAGUGAAUAUUCGAAAUACAGUGUAAUCAAUCUUGUUCGUAAACACUUUGGUGACAAACUUAGUUUAACAAGUUUCAAAACGGAUUGUUCAGUCGCGUGCAGUCAAAUUCAAUGUCAAACAAUUGAAAAGUUUAUGGGAAAUGUGAAACUCUUGAAAAGUCUCGAUACUUUUCGUGAAAUUUAAGUGAAAUUAAUCAAGACAUUCAAAAUUGUCAUCAAGAGAAAUUGUGUUCAAUCCGUUGUUUCAUAAAAUAAAUAUGAAUGUUGUGCUUACGACCAGUUUUGGGCAGUAUUCCAUUCGGCGCAACGUUGUCACAUUAAUAGAGUGAACGACAGUGAGUAGAGAAAGAGAAAUUGCUGGAAAUAAUUUUGAACGGAUUGGCAUGGGAUGGGUGAGAGGACUUUGUGUCCUGCUCACCAUAAGCGUCAAUGUUGGCGUUCGAAUGGCAGUUGAGCCGGCAGCUUCAUCAAUGUCAACAUCAAUGUCGAGGUCAACGCUGCCAUUCGAAACGAGCACAAAAUACCAGCCAUUUCAAUCAGCCGAAGCGGCAACGCUUAAAACCACGCCAGCAACACCACGGACGCACAAAUACAUCACCACUAAGGCGAAACAUUCAUUGAGCGAAUCGGUGGUGAUUCUAACACCAGAUUCAGAACGACAAGCCAUUGAUGCUUACGACAAAGCACUGAAACAGUUUGAUUCGUAUGGUGUUUCAACGCGACAAACAUGCAACGCAUGGGAAAAACGAGGCUGCCAAUGCUCUGGUACCAUCGAAGAACUUACCUUAUCCUGUCGAGCCAUCGGCUUGAACGAAAUACCAACCGAACUACCAAAGACUUUAAUCAAACUGGAUAUUAGUAACAACAAUAUUACAACGCUGCCAAACAAAUCCUUCGAAGCUGUACCUCAUUUAGAAGAACUCAUUCUAUCCGACAAUAGUUUAUUACAUAUUGAUUCAGAUGCAUUUAUAGGAUUAAAUGAACUAAAACGGUUAUCAUUACAUAAUUGUGGCCUUUCUGCUGUUCCCGGAAAAGCUUUAAACCAUCUCAAACAUUUGAAUGCAUUACAACUAGACAAUAAUGCACUUAUGCAUUUUGACGAUGUUUCCUUGGCGCAACUGAAGAGUCUACGCGCACUUCGACUCGAAGGAAAUAUGCUACAACGUGUGCCAACCGAAACAUUGACCGGCUUACCAACACUAGAAAUAUUAAAUUUAGGAGGCAAUCAUCUACUUAAUAUAAACGUUGGAGAUUUUCCAAAAUUGGACAACUUGCGAUAUCUCACGCUGAAAAGAAAUCGUCUAACUAAUGUUACAGCUGAUGCGAUAAGUAAUUUAUCCAACUUAAGAAUUCUCGACCUGGACGAUAAUUUACUUACGGCGAUACCGUACAAAUUGGGGAAAUUGUCAAAUCUUCAGGAAUUAUUUUUGUCGGGAAAUCGAAUAAAUACCAUACUCAAAGAUGAUCUUCCAAGAAAUCUAAUCACAUUGGAGUUGCGGGGCAAUCCACUGGGUGAUGUAAAAUUUGAUGCGUUCCAAAGCAUGCCAAGACUGAGGAAACUGGUUUUAUCGGAUGCCAAAAGUUUAAGGGAGCUACCAUCAUUCGACGGGUGUUCAUCACUCGAAAUUCUGCGAUUGGAUCGAGCCAGCGUUUCCGCGAUACCAAAUACUCUUUGCCGUAAUUCGUCACGCUUAAGAAGCUUAGAAUUGAAAUUGAAUAAGCUGAGGAAUGUUCCCGAUUUGUCACACUGCAAAGAUUUGCGAAUAUUAGAUCUAUCGGGUAAUCGAAUCAGUUCGGUACACGAAACACCGUUCAGAGGUUUGGGUCAAUUGCAUGAUUUGCUGUUGUCGUACAAUGAAAUCGAAACAAUUCCACGAGAUGCAUUUGACGGUGCGCCAAGGCUGCAAUUACUAGAUUUAGAGGGGAAUAAAAUUUCUUUUAUUCAUGAAGAUGCAUUCACUGUAUUCGAACAACUUGAAGAUUUGAAUUUGGGUAAUAAUAUCUUUCCAACGCUGCCAAAGAAUGGGCUGCAAAGUGUGCGCCACUUGAAAACAUUCAAUAAUCCAAAACUACGGGAAUUUCCACCGCCAGAAACGUUUCCACGCAUUCAGACGCUGGUGCUAUCAUACGCGUAUCAUUGCUGUGCUUUUCUUCCUCUUGUCACCAUGUCAACCACACCAAAAACACAUCCAAUACAGGAGACCAUUCUCUUUCCAACUGACAGCAAAUUCGAUAUGAGCCUGUGGAAUAGCAGCCAAACGGACAUCUGGCCACAAUUGCAUAACUUGAGCCAAAAGUUUGGUAGUCAAAUUAAUGAACUGUGGGACUCGUUUGGGCAAGACUUUACGUAUCCUGGAAAUUUGCCAGCUUAUGCUGAAGAAUACUUCGAAGAAGAAACGUCACCAACAAAAGCAUUGAAUGGGGAUAUAAUAGCUAGCUCCGUGCAAUGCUUGCCGCUACCAGGACCAUUUUUGCCAUGCCAAGAUCUAUUCGACUGGUGGACACUGCGGUGCGGUGUUUGGAUUGUAUUCCUGUUGGCGAUGCUGGGCAAUGGCACCGUUGUAUUCGUAUUGAUAUUUUCACGUUCGAAAAUGGAUGUGCCACGAUUUUUGGUAUGCAAUUUAGCAGCGGCCGAUUUUUUCAUGGGCAUUUACUUGGGACUAUUGGCUGUGGUGGAUGCAUCAACACUGGGCGAAUUUCGAAUGUACGCGAUUCCAUGGCAAAUGAGUAUCGGAUGCCAAAUUGCUGGCUUUUUAGCCGUACUAUCAUCCGAAUUGUCCGUAUAUACGUUGGCUGUGAUUACAUUGGAACGAAAUUAUGCGAUUACACAUGCGAUGCACCUGAACAAACGGCUAUCACUCCGGCAUGCCGGCUACAUCAUGGUAUUCGGUUGGAUGUUUUCAUUUACAAUGGCUACAUUGCCAUUGAUUGGUGUAUCUGAUUAUCGUAAAUUUGCCGUUUGUUUACCAUUCGAAACGACUACUGGCCCAGCCAGUUUGGCAUACGUAAUCUUCUUGAUGUUCAUCAACGGUGUUGCAUUCGUAAUUUUGAUGGGUUGCUACUUAAAAAUGUACUGUGCCAUUCGUGGUUCACAAGCAUGGAAUUCGAAUGAUUCGCGUAUCGCUAAGAGAAUGGCACUGUUAGUGUUUACCGACUUUUUAUGCUGGUCACCCAUUGCAUUUCUAUCGCUGACCGCCGUAUUUGGAGUGCAUUUAAUCAAUCUCAAUCAAGCCAAAGUGUUUACAGUCUUUGUGCUGCCGUUGAACUCAUGCUGUAAUCCAUUCCUUUAUGCAAUUAUGACGAAACAAUUCAAAAAAGAUUGCGUGAUGAUUUGCAAAUCGAUUGAAGAAUCGCGUGUGACUCGUGGCAUUGGCCGUUGUAGACACAGUUCGAAUUUCAGUAAUCGACAAACGCCGGUCAAUACAAAUUCACUCGGUGAACGGUCAUCAAAAGAUAUGCCACCAUUGACUCCAGGACAAAUUUGUGCUUGUUCGAAACUGCUUCAACAAGAUGUCGGGCGAGAUGAACCACCGCCAAAGCUUUGGACUCGAGUUUGGAGACGAAUCACUUGCACUGAACCGCAAAAGAGAUCGGAAAUUCGACGAGACAUUCGAUGCGAUCAAUAUGCGUAUAAAAUUGCGGAAAUUCAACAGAAACCAUUCAAACGGGCCAGUUCCAUGUCAAGUGAUAAUUUCAGUUCAUCACGGUCGGAUUCAUGGCGCCAUGGACCGCCACAUCAUUGCUCAAUUCCAUUACGAAUUUUAGAUACACAUCGCAGACAUUCCACAUGGUUAGUUUCAAGGAAAACAUCACAAGACUCGAAUUUAUCCAGCUCAAGAAAUGACUCAUCGGCUUCGGCCACAACCGCCAGCACUUCCACGUUUCGGUUGUCACGUUCGAGUGCGGCUAGUUCGACGCCGACACCGUCGAUUUCAGGCAAAUCGUCAAUCGGAUGUACAAAACCGCGACUCAUGCGUCAACAAGCGGUGCAGGAAGAAGUGACCGACCCAUCGUGUUCGUCGCCAAAACUCAACGUACGCUUUCUGCCAACCAUACCAUCGGUAGUCGAUACCAGCGUUAUCACAGACGAAGAAUCAUGCAACGAGCCAAGCACUGCCAGUUCAGCAAAUAAUAACAAUGUGGGCUCCACAUUCUAUACCAUUCUACAAAGUGGUAACACACUCACAACGCUCUCUAGUCCAAAAUCAAAUAAAUUGGAUAAACCGCCGUAGGCAAAUAAAAUCUAAGGUCGUCGAACAUGUAUUAACAAAUCUAAUAUUUUUUAUGUUAUCCCAAAGCACCCAGAAUUAUUAUUGUAAGUAAGUAGAUGAAAUGGAGGGCGAUACAUCCGUAUUUUGGUAGUGUUUUUGUGUUGCUUUUUAUAAAAGAAAACCCAAUUCGUGUGGUUUGUGCUUUAACACUUUGGUUACAUAAUGCAUAUAUGUUGGAUAUAAUUCGAUAAUCGACAUUUCGAUUGAAGUCUUCACUUCGGUUGCAAUCUGAUUUGGAGAAUUUCGUCUAAAUACGCAAAAUCAAUAGAAUAUAUUAGCUCAAGAAUAAGCCAUUCCGGUUGAGCCAUGUUCGAUUCCGGUUGAGCCAUAUGUUGGAUGCUUCCAACACAAACAUUUCGAUCAACUCAACGAAUUUUCGGUAUGAUUCAUUCGUGUUUUAAACGUCAUUCCAAGUGAAUGAAGGAUUUUCAUUGCAGUCACGUGCUGAUUUUGUCGGUUGAGUUGCGAUUCAAAAAAAAAAUUAUGUUCCGCAUGACAUAAUGAUAAAUAAGGGUCAGAUCAGUUCACAAAAUUCACCCUAAACCAACUCCGUUCGAGUUUGCACGUGACCUUGAGGAUGCCAUAAAUUUGAAAGUUUUUUUUUUCUAAUUAAAAAAAAUUUCAUGGUUGGAUUUUUGCGCGCGUCACUCUAUGUAUUUGCAAAGGGAUUCUUAUUUAUUUUCCCUGUCUUCAACUUUGAUACUGAUUUCGGUUCCUCACCGUGCGCAAAUAACACCUGUAAAAAAGCAUGAAGCAUAAAGCCGGACGAAAAGUUCGACUCGCUUCCGUGUGAAAGCUAAUGAAAUACGAUUUUCUGAAUCAUGCUACGUUACAUGCCUCACCACAUGGAAAAACACACACCCAUAGUUCACAGGCAAUUGGUCGACCGAAGUGGAUAAUAAGCAGGCAAUCAAAUACCGUUAAUAAUUAAUUGUUUGUAUUCGUAUGCCAUACGCGUUCGUCCGAUCAAAGCAAAUAGAGGCGUGUGAAGCGUUCGAAAGUGUUCGACGGCCAACACGACACGUGUGAUUUAUUCAAUUGAAUAUUCAUGACUGCAAACAGCGCUAUCACAAAAACAACCAACUUAUGACGCAUGAAGCAACAUUUGCAUUUUUUUUUUAUUGAGCUCAACAGGUUGUUCCCUAGCAACUUCGGCAAAAUUUCAACUCUUAUUUCCGUGAAUUGGAUACCAAUGAACCGUUUAUUAAAUUCUUCCGAAAAAAAAAUGGGAAACUCGGACAACCUUCUCGAAUAUGUUUCUUCUGGAAUUUUUCUUAAAAUAAAAUACAUUUUGUUUGGACGCUUCGGGCAAAGUAUCGGGAUUUGAAUUUCAAUAUCCUGCUGUAUUUUAAAUUUGUAUGCUUUUCGGUUUGCAAUUCGACGUGGACUUAGAUUUCAUGGAAUCUAAACAGUAAACAACUUGACUUAUUUAGCCAUGGAACAUUUGCAAAUAUGUGUUUAUUUUCCGAAUUUUUUUUUGCAUAUAACAUUAAUUUGGUAUUUCCAAUUAAAAUUAUUAUCGACUUUGACCUAGAGUCAUGUUGACACACAUUUCCCAAUGUUAGAAUCUAACAUUGUUAGAUUCACUCAUUUCUAUUCAUUUCCAUUUGAUCGCACAUCAUAAAAUAUUAAAUUCGUAUAUAUAUUGUUUUUCGAGACGAAUUCUUUGGAGAACCCUCACUUCUCGUCCUCUUUCUGCUCCUCUCUAUCUACCGUAUCUUUUUCAUAAUCCGCCUCCUUCUCCUUCUUUUCCUCCUCCACCACCACCUUUUCUCUUCUUCCUCCUCUUCCUAGCAUCGAAUUCAUCCUUCUCCCUCUCUCUGCCUCCAAAAUGCCGUCCGUUCAAUUUCUUAUGGCAUAUGAAUUAUUAUCGAAAUGGUUGCGCUCUAGGUGAACAUAUGAACAUUUUACAAGUAAAAUAGAAAAAGCAUAAAUAAAUCUUAACAAGAAGUGAACAAAUUGUAUGGUCGAAUUCAAAAGGCGAAAAAAAUCCGACACAGGGAAAUCGGAAUGGUUUUAUUGUCAUGGUAAAACCAAUCGUCCAAAAACAUUUUCAUGGAGAAAUUCAUUGGAAAAGUUGUUAGGCUCACAUUUCCGCUUACAUCGAUAAAAUUCACAUCAGACCGACAAACACGGAUGCCAUGGGCCUUAUACUAAUAAAUAUCUAUGUGUAAGUCAUUUGUAUUGACAACUAAUCCUCAUUUAUUAUCAGUACAUAUAUUAAUGUCUUGUUCAAAGAAUAUAAAACAAAUGAAUAAAAUAGAUUAUUUAAGUCAUUUAAAUGUGAUAUUGCUGAAAAUGGUCCAUGUAAAAUGAAAUUUAUUGAUGCAAAAUGAGACCAUUUGAUGGUUCAUAUUUAAAAAAACAAAAUGAAAUUGAUGAAAAAAAUACAGUAUUUGUGACAUCCAAAGUGACGUGAAGCUCAAUGAUUACUUUUGACAUUCGGCUAUUUUUACGGAAUCUAUUGUAUACUCGGUAAAUUAACACUGUUCAUGCAUAUUUUGAAAUGAGACAACAUUUAAUCUUAGUUAAGCCAUACAGUUUUGAUAUUGUCCAAGUGAAUAGCAAUCACUUUUUCUCAGUGUAACUAUAAAUAAUGAUGUAAAUUAUUAUGUACGUGUUCUUAAGUACUCAAAUUGAUUGUGACAGAAAAAUGGUGGGAUUCAAAUGUAUUAUGGAUUUUCAGUCGACGCAAGAUUUUUUUCCCAAUAAUGGUAAUGGUCAAAUGGAUUUUUUUUUUCGUUCGUUCGGGGUUCUUUCGAUUUUCUGUGCCUCUUCUUCAUUACUUGGGAAUUGGUACUUGGUUUUUUGGAACUAUUUUCCAAAUUGGGAGUUUUUCCAGCAGUGCUGCAACGCAACACAUUAUACGAAUACAUUCGACAAUAUCUCUCUAUUGAGAGACAAAACCACACAUAGAAAAGAGAAUCAGUAGACCCUGCAAAUUCUAUUGGUGAAACAUCAAACUACCAAUAGACUGUUUCAAAUGUAUUGGUAAUUUUAGUACAAAUGCGGAAUUUCGUUUACUAAUAAUACUACGUAAGUGACUUGCGACUUGCGUUGUGCCGUUUGUACUGAAUUUACCAAUACAUUUGAAACAAUCUAUUGGUAGUUUGACGUUUCACCAAUGGAAUUCGCAGGGUCUAAUAAUUCUCUUUUCUAUGUGCAAGUUUUACUGAAUGACUUCAAACUGAGUCGAAAGAACCUGAACGAACUUAAAACUGAACUGCAAGUAAUAAAUGAAAAAGUCAUCCAAGAGAUCACAUUCCAUUCGAAAACUAAGACCUUGAACAAAUUAAUAUAUGUUAAAAACCGAACGUUGACUGUAUUUCAGUUACCAUGGCUGCAUCUCGGAUGAGCUGCAAUAUCUCAUUAAAACUUAUUGCGUAGGCAGCAAAAAAAAAAUCCAAAUGAAAACUUGGGAAAUAUGUGUCAAAUUCCAGUGAAUUAAUUGAAUGCAUGUAUGUGAGUCACAUACUAUGUGAACGUUUGAUGGAUCUUUAUAUAGUUGGUUGAAUUUCGAAUGCUGGACAAAAUUCCAUGAAAACCACAUCGGAUUCAUUCAAGUUUGAAAUAUUUAAUAAUAAUUUAAAGAUGAACUUUUUUGCAGUGUGGUAAUAAAAACAAGGUUUCGAAUUGAGGUUUCGACACAGAAAAAUUUACUCAAUAAAAUUAAUAUGUGAAGAAUUUAAACAAAA